AUGUCUAAUUCAUCCUCUUCACUAACACAUAAUGAUAUGGAUAAUAUCAGUAGUGCUAAGCUAUCCCGAACUGUGCAGAGAUUAGCUUUAAAUAACGUUACUAAUACUACUCUAGCGCAAGAAACAUCUUCAAUCAAUUCCAAUUUGAGAACUUUGAAAUCUUCAUUAAAUAUUGCUAAAAAUGAAGGUACUAAAAUACCACAAUUGAAUAGAAGACUAAUACACGAUAGUACUAAUUCUGUCCCUUUGAGACGAGGACAUGAUAUAGCAUCCACAGAAAUGCAUUUUCAACGAUCCAAGGAGAUGGAAGAACAUGAUAAAGAAAAUCAUGAUCCUUUCAGUAACGAAUCUGUCUCCACAAACUCAACCAAAGACACCUUACCAAAUAUUGAGAAACAACAUGAAUUGGAAAAAGAAAGAACAAACUUGGACAUAAAUAAAGACAAUGAUGUUGGCAGGAAAAGGCCAAUGUCUGCUGUUGUCGAACAAGAUGAACCUAAAAAAUUUAAAGUGUGUUCUGUCAAUGGUACCGAAGAAUAUGAAUGGGAAGAUUUAGAUGCAGAAGAUGUCAAUGAUCCUUUUAUGGUUAGUGAAUAUGUUAAUGACAUUUUUGAAUAUCUAUAUCGCCUAGAAGUAAUAACACUACCAAACAAAGAAGAUCUUUAUAAACAUAGAAAUAUUCGUCAAAACAGAGAUAUCCUAGUCAAUUGGUUAGUGAAAAUUCACAAUAAGUUUGGCUUAUUGCCUGAAACCUUAUAUUUGGCAAUUAAUAUCAUGGAUCGUUUUCUCUGUAAAGAGCUAGUUCAAUUAGAUAAAUUGCAAUUAGUUGGGACUUCAUGUCUAUUUAUUGCAUCCAAAUACGAAGAAGUAUAUUCUCCAAGUAUAAAGCAUUUUGCAUCUGAAACAGAUGGUGCGUGCACAGAAGAGGAAAUCAAAGAAGGUGAAAAAUUUAUUUUGAAAACUCUCAAUUUCAAUCUUAACUAUCCAAACCCAAUGAAUUUUCUAAGAAGAAUUUCCAAAGCGGAUGACUACGAUAUACAGUCUCGAACGCUUGCUAAAUUCCUUUUAGAAAUAUCUUUAGUGGAUUUCAGAUUUAUAGGUAUAUUGCCUUCCCUUUGUGCUGCUGCUGCAAUGUUUUUAUCAAGAAAGAUGUUAGGCAAGGGAAAAUGGGACGGCAAUUUAAUUCAUUACUCAGGUGGAUAUUCAAAAGAUCAACUUGCGCCUGCUUGUCGCAUGAUUAUGGAUUAUUUAACAGGCCCCAUUGUCCACGAUGAAUUCCACAGAAAAUACCAAUCAAGAAGAUUUAUGAAAGCUUCUGUAAUUUCAGUGCAAUGGGCUUUAAAAGUUAGAAAAAACGAUUACGAUAUAAUGACUUUACAUGAAUGA